AUGCGGUGCUCUAGCAACUCGAGAGUCCACUCUUGGCUGCAAACUCGUCGCAGAACAAAGGCUACUCCGAGGAAGUUUGGCAAGCAGAUCCAGAAACGCCAACUCGAGGUUCCCGAGUAUGCUGCCAGCUUUGUCAACUACAAGGCUCUGAAAAAGCUCAUCAAGAAGCUGUCCGCGACCCCUACCCUAACAUCACAAAAUGAUGUUCUCCGCUCAGCCACCCCCGUAGACUCCCAGGCCGCUCUUCAAGCCAACAAGGCGACCUUUUUCUUCCAACUGGAACGGGAACUCGACAAGGUCAAUGCCUUCUACCUGCAGAAAGAGGCCGAGCUCAAGAUUCGUCUCAAGACACUCCUAGACAAGAAGAAGGUGUUACAGUCCCGUCAAGGUAUCUCUAGGCGCUCUGCCAAGUUCACCACCCUCGAGGAAGGCUUCCAACAGUUUGCCACAGACUUGAACAAACUCCAACAGUUUGUUGAGAUCAACGGUACUGCGUUUUCCAAGAUCCUGAAGAAGUGGGACAAGACCUCCAAAUCCAAGACCAAGGAACUUUACCUCUCAAGGGCUGUCGAGGUCCAACCUUUCUUCAAUGCAACAGUCAUCAGCGAAUUGUCUGACCAAGCCACCACAAGCCUGCAAGAACUCGGUGCUUGGUCAGAUGGUAUUCAGGUCAACUUCCAAUCCGGGCACGUUGUAACAUCGCAGCACUUCGUUGGUACUGAUGAGGGGGAUGCGGAUACCUUGCUGCUCGACACUGUCAUCACGGGGAACCUCGAAUCGUUGAAGGACCUUCUUUUGCGGAUGCGCUCUGCUAACGAUGCUGGAGAUGGAGAUAGCUCUUUGAUGGAAAGGGUCACACGCACCUUCUUGGCAGCUAUCUCCGAAGCCCCGCAAGAGUCUCUGCGAGUUUUACUUGACACAGGCCUUGUUGAUCUCCAUUCAUAUGACGACAUCAACGAAAGAAAUUGUCUGCACCAAGCUGCCAUCUAUGGAAAGCAAUAUGUUUUGGAAUGGGGCUUGUCGGUCAACGUUGUCGUGGACAGGACAGAUGUCUACGGUCGGGUUCCUCUGCACUAUGCUAGUCUGCACGGACGAUUGGAGAUGUCGAAGUUUCUUCUUGACGGCAAGUUGGAGCAGAGUAACCACUCAUUAACUUACCUUACUGACAGCAGUUUAGCAAAUCAAAAGACGAUCGACCUUACGGACCACGAUAACUUCACCCCCUUAAUCCAUUCCAUCAUCCACGGCCAUCUCGAUUGUAUCGAACUUCUCCUCGCUAGAUCCGCACGUAUCGACCCGGUUUCUGAAGCGGACCAUGUGCCUCUGAACCUUGCAUGCGAACAUGGCUCAGUUGCUGUUGUCGAGAUGCUCCUGAAGCACGGGGCCAAGAUUUUGCCCGAUGCGGAAGGACUAUACCCCCAGCAUCUUGUAGCAAGAGCAGGUCAGACAUCAGAGCUGCUGCUUCUACUCAAACAGUUUGGCGCUGACCUAGACCAAAUCGACAAGCUCUAUGGAUGGACACCUCUCGUUCAUUCUGCAAGCGAAGGCAACGUCGACUGCCUCCAGGCACUACUCAAGGUUGGGGUCGACGCUAGCAUUGUGGAUGAAAAGGAUCUUCCUGCGAUGUACUAUGCGGCAUGGGAGGGGCAUCUUGCAUGUAUGAAGCUGCUGACCCCCUUUAACACACGACCUCGAGCCAGCCCCUUCAUGGUGCAGCCUGCCCUGGGCCCUAUGGAUUCAAGCACUGCACCACUGCCCAUGUCGCUUGACCCCGAUGCGAUCCCCGAGCUCGAGCUUCCUCCUCCAAUCAUACCAUUACGCAGAUAUGGCCACAAUUUCCUUGAUACCAAGACGGUCGUUCAAAUCUCGUUUGGAGAUGUGGACGAGCAACCUCUUGUUUUCUUCCAGGACGGCAAGUACCCUGCCGCUCGCCUUACCAUUUCUUCCAAAGUUUCGGAUCUCAUACCCAAGAACAUCAUCCUGCCUUUCCAAGAAGAUACACGUAUCGUUUCCUUCCAGGUCGAUAACUUGGAUACUUUCAGUUUGGACAUCGACGUAUUCCCCACUUAUGGUGCGAAGGUGAUUGCUAAGACAGUUGCUUUGUCAAGCAUUUUCAAAGGACUGCAAGGCACCUCGGUGUGCUGCCUACCUCUUUUUGACCCUCGCCUUCGCGCCAUUGGGCAAAUCAGCUUUACUGUCCAGGUUAUCAAGCCUUUCCAGGGCAAACCCCUGGAGAUCACCGACUUUGAGACUUACUGGAAAGCAACAAGUCAAUUUAACCAACCGACAAGCGCCAUCGUCACCGGCUCAAGCCUUUCUGGAGACUAUGUACGACUUUUUGUUCAAUACACGAGUGACGGGGUUCCUGUGCUCUGGCCUCGAUGGACAAUAACAUGUGCUGGCCUUGACAUUCCUGUCUGUCGACUGACACUGGAGCAAUUCGGUUCUAUGACUAUCAGAAGCAACAGCCGAGCAGAUCUCCCCAGUUUGAUAAACAAAUCAAGUGAGAGCAUCGCUGAGGUCUACCAUAUUCUUGCCACCGCUGGUGUGACCCUGCAAGAAGCACUCGCACUUCUCAACCCUGGUAUGCAUGUCAACCUCCAGGUUUUGUAUCCUACACCGGAAGAAGAAAAGGCUUUCUCCUUGGGCCCUGCAUUGGACGUCAACGUCUUCGUCGAUUCCAUCCUCAACAUUGUAUUUGAGCAUGCUCGUACACAACGUGCGCAGUCCCCUGACGUUGUGCGAUCGAUUGUUUUUAGCAGUUAUAGCCCUCGGCUAUGUACAGCGUUGAACUGGAAACAGCCUAACUUCCCUGUCUUUCUAUGCAACGAUCUCGGACGAGAGGAGUCCUCAGGAGUCAACGAUGCAGCCUUGAGCAGUGGAAGACGAAGUGCUUCUAUCAAGGAGGUCGUAAGAAUUGCCCAGAGCAACAACUUCAUGGGAUUAAUAUGCUAUUCCCCACUAUUGGAUAUGGUGCCGGCCCUUGUGGAUGCUAUCAAGUCUCAUGGACUGGCAUUGGUGACAGACAAGUCGUCCGACUCACCUAACGCGAGCCCUAUGAUAGACCCUUUCCCACGGCCGCCUAAGGGCGUUGAUGGAGUUUUGAAGAGCCAUGGUAUUCUGCGCUUCAAUGAUUCGAUAGACAUGUAG